AUGUCGGAGUCCCAAUCACGACCAGUUUCCCUGACACGGUAUCGUCCUGCUCUUUACCUUCUCACAGGUGUUGCCGCAGCCUAUGCUCUGGUAUACAUCCACAAUAAUAUCCUUUUCCCCUCAUCGCCCCAAACACCUCUACGUCGCCGAAGAGCUGUCCGCCGAAGACGAACCGGACCCGACGAAAGCGAUGUCAGCAAUACACCAUCAUACCGCGCGAUUGCUCAUCUCGAGCAACUAGAACGGCAGAAUGGCGUGUACGGCACCUUUCGCAUUGAGACCGAGGACGGACGCCGCGUGGAGAGCGGCCUCCUCCCAUCCCUCCUGGCUACGCGCGAUCAGCUGAUGGAGGAGGUCGGCGUCCCGCAGGCCCAUGCCGAGCGGAUGCGCGAGAUGAUGGAGGAGACAUUCCUGGAGUCAUUCCUCGCUCUGGAUUUUCCGUCGGCCCAUACAAUCGAGGAAGGGAGUGCGGAGAGGAACUACCUCAUCGAGCAGCUGCAGCGGCGGGGGAUUUCGCGAACGGGAAUCGAAAGGGCGCUGGCACGGUUCAAUGAGGACGACAACUACGGCGAGGAGCUGCGACGGCGGCGCCAGAAUGGAGAGAGGGUUACGCUGUCUACGUCUACGUUUCCCGAGGAGUCGGUGCCCUUGCAGAACUUGGAUGGUGGGGAGACGGUGGUCGACGACCAGAGCGUCUUCUCCUGGCGGGAAGGGAAUAACGAGUCGUCUCCGGCGCAGGAAGGCCAGAAUCUCCUGAACCUGCUAUAUCACAUUGCGGAGGAUCAGUCUAGACGAGAUGGCUAUAUCCACCGACAGGUGACGUGUAAUAGCUGCGGUGCCAUGCCCAUUCAAGGCAUACGGUAUCGGUGCGCAAAUUGCAUUGACUAUGACCUGUGCGAGACAUGUGAGGCGAUGCAGGUGCACAUCAAAACCCAUCUCUUCUACAAGGUUCGGAUCCCGGCGCCCUUCCUAGGAAAUCCCAGACAGUCGCAGCCGGUGUGGUACCCGGGAAAGCCAGCCAUGCUGCCCCGUAGUUUGCCACGCGCGCUGGCGAAGCGUUUGAUGAAGGAGACCAAUUUUGAGAACACGGAAUUGGACGCUCUCUGGGACCAGUUCCGGUGCUUGGCGAGCUAUGAGUGGCCAGACGACCCGAACAAGUUGUGCAUGGCUAUCGAUCGCAAAACGUUUGAUCGAUGUUUUGUGCCGCAUACUUCCAUCCGUCCUCCGCCCCCAUGCCUCAUCUACGACCGCAUGUUUGCGUUCUAUGACACGAACAAUGAUGGAUUGAUCGGGUUUGAAGAAUUCCUCAAGGGUUUGGCCAGCUUAAAUAACAAGAGCAAUGACGAAAGGUUGCGGCGAGUGUUCCGUGGCUACGACAUUGAUGGAGAUGGCUACGUGGAGCGCAAGGAUUUCUUGCGGGUUUUCCGUGCAUACUACGCUCUCAGCAGGGAGCUAACUCGCGACAUGAUUGCUGGCAUGGAAGAUGACUUUCUCGAGGGAGGCGCAAGAGAUGUCGUGCUUGGAAGUCAGCCUGUCAGCUCGGCAUUCCCUGGCAGUAUUCCUUCCGGGGAGCCAUCAAGGACUGGGGAAGGGAAGCGCUUGAAUUCCGGGGGAGAUCUUGAAAUCGUGGAUAACCAGGGUAUAUUACGUCAAGAUGGCACCGACACAGGCGACCGACACGCUGUUGUAGGGGAGGCAGCUGUCCGGGCCAGAUGGGGAUCCAGAGGGACUCUGUUUCCCGCACAGCUGACAGCACAGGCAAACUCGACUGCCGCAGAUUUCAGGCGCGGAGAUUCGAAUGUUCCUCGUUCAAGCGAUGCACAACAAGGGAACGAUGAAGAUGCCAGCUCCGAUGAGGAUGGGUCCAGUUCCUCAGUGGCUAGUGACUGGCCCGGCACGGAGAACAUUCUCGAACAAGAUAUUGUCAACGCUCUCGGAACUCCUGUCCCGCUUCAAGAGGUCACUGACCCUGAGGACAGAGAUCGCGUUGCUGAUGUUGUCUUCCGUAGAAUGCGUGAUGACCACCACAGACUCCUGACCGACGUCCGCAGGGACGGCAUUGAUGAGCGCUGGAGACGGAGGGCCUUCUACACGGAUGUAGAAGAUGGCGCCACUGCUCCCGAAGGCUAUGUGAGCGAUCCUGAUGUUGACCAUCUGUCCGAGGAUGAGGAUGCCCCCGGUCACCCUUCAGCUCUCGAUUCCCACCCUCCAUCCCCUCGUUCUCGAUCAUCGUCCAAGGUGCGCUUCCAGGACGAUCUCACCGAUGACUAUGACGUCAGAUCGAAUCCCUCUACUUCGUCUCGCAGUAUCCCUGUAGGCGAGCGGUGGGGUGGGUUUGAGAUCCCCGAGGUCGAGAAAGACGUCGGCAAGGAGAUCUUGUAUCAAGUAACGCAGCAGGGAUUCAACGAACUCCUUGACAUCCUAUUCAAGCCGAAGGAAGAUCUGCUCAUGGAAGCGUAUCGGACCCGCACAGAGCGCAAAAUCUGGGCUCGCGAGAUCGAACUUGUGGAGAUGAUGGAUCCUAAGAAACGGAUGGCCCAGGAGGGUGGGACUGCAACCGACGAAGAACUGCAGGAACUCCUGAAUCGGUCUGGUUAUUCUUUGCGAAGUCCACAAUUGGAGCCUCUUCAUCAUAGCCCCGAUUUAUCUGUGCGCCCAACAUUGGGGAGCCCUGAGAGUGCACAACAUGUGCACCUCGCCGAUCCUGAAGAAGACGACAAUUUGGUUGAUUCUGCUCCAGUCGAGGAGAGGGUCGCAGAAACCGCGGCUGCGAAUGAGCCCGCGCGCUCCUUGACGCCUGAGUUUCAGGCCGCGUCAGAAGCCAGUCCACUCCGUGAGAUGCCGGAUCCGACAUUACCACAGUUUCGACCGAACGAAGAACCAGACCAUCCGCAUGGAGUGCCCGGCCUACCUGUUCCGGACCUUGACAACUCACUCUUCGUCCCCAUGACUUCUGUCUCGCAAACCCACCUGCAGCAACAGCAGCAGGAUCUCCCAGCGGAGCUCCGGCUUCAACCGGGCAGCACCGCCUUCCCUGCACCAUCCUCCUCACCUGAUGCUGAAGCCACCGCACCCAAGAUGCCCCCUUCACCCAUUCAACCUCUUCCGCCGGCUGCAUCUUCACCGUCUUCCCUCCCGCGACGCCAUGGUCCCACACUCCCUCCCUCCACGCUGACGCUUACUCGCUGGGCAUACCUGAACCAGAUAGAGCGGGAGGCGAAGGAACGCGGCGGUACAGGCGCUAAGCUCAACUUUGAGGAGUUUUCCCGCCGGAUGGCGGCAGACCGGGGACGCAGGUUGGCUUUUGUGGCUAGCUGGAUUGAGAUGGCUAGUUUCUAG